AUGUCUGAAUCCACUACUGAUAAUAAUUCCAACGGUCACAAUGCUAAUGGGUUCCAUCUACCUUCGAAAUUCUUUAGAUAUAAUCAGAACACCCCAAUAAGGUUUAGAGAUCCUAGAUCGAUGGGCAAUGGUGAAAGAGAUGGUGUAAGUGGGAACGGAGGGGAAUCACAAACGAAUUCUAAUACUAUAUCAUCGCAGCCGCAGCAACCACCACAAAACCAUCAUCAUUCUCAAAUGUACCAACUGCAAUACCAAGCAAAUCGAGGAAGAAAGAAAGAUCUUAUUAAUUUACUGGGAUUUAGCGAAAAAAGCUCGAUGAGCGAAGCUAGCCGGGAGAUUGGAGGAGGGAUCCAAAAGCGUCAUGAGGCGGAGGAAUCGUUUGAAUUUGCGUGGAAAAAACCCGGUCGUGGAGGGAAAAAUAAUAUCCAGAAACCAAAGAAGUUUGCCAAUGGAGGAGGACGAAGAUCUCAUAACAUUGGGAUCGGGGGGUUCACGGAAGAAUUUAUUCAUCCGCCAGAAAUCAUGGAAAAAUUGAAUAUUUUCAAUAAUGGGAAAUUAUUGCGUGAAUCAAAAUUGAAUGCCAUUCAUCAUGCGGAAGUCACUUCGACGUUUAUUUUCAAUGAAAUAUACAAUGAGAAGGGGAAAGUGAAGUUUUUGCCACGAAAUAAUAAUAAACCAAAGAUUGGGUCUCAUGGUAGAGGUAAACAGGCCGAUAUUUGGAAGAGGUUGGGGAAAACCGAGGAAUCUGGAGAGUUUGAUUUGUUCAAAUAUUACGAUCACCAUGAGAAGACCAAUAAAAAUUCUGGGUCAGAAUUUGAGAAUAAUUUCAAUAGUAAUGCUGAAAAGACUAAACUUAGUGAUAUUAUUAUUUCGAUUGCUGGGGUGAGUAACAGCGACCUUGCAGAAGAUUUGGCGAGAAAAGAAAAAGACUUUAGACCAACUACGAUAAAUCAUCACGAUCUUGAGGAGGAGGAAGAAAUAGAAGAUGAUGAAAUGAUGCCGAUCGAUGAUGAUGGAAAAGUUACAAGAACUUUUGGUGGCAGAAGUCAGGGACGAAUAUUUAAAAAACCUCAUUCUGGAGCGAUCUACAAUAAUCCUAAUAAUAAUAAUAGUAACAACAAUAAUAAUAAUGGUGAAGCUUUUUUUCCACCAACGACGAACUCAAUUAUUGAUGAACCAUUUUUGCAAAUCAAGAAUUCCAAUAUCCGACAAAACGUGAAACAAUUGGAAGCGAAGUUUAAUCGAAGCUACGACUUUAUAAAUAAUUUGAUGCCUAUAGAAGUGGAGACAUUCUUGGAGAUGGAUGAGGAAUUCCAUAGAGAAUUAGCGAUUUUAAAAUCACAACAAGGGUUACAAGCUAGUGAUGUUAAAGUAAGGCGUAAUAUUAUGUAUGAUGAUGAUGAUGAUGAUGAUGAUGAUGACGAUGACGAUGUUGAUGAUUUUGGAGAACACGAUGAUUACAUGGAUGAGUUGAUGAUAACGAAGGCACACCAAUUAGUAGAGGAUGAAUGGAUGUAUAGUUGA